ACCCAUUUAAACUCUAGUUGUCAAACGCAACAACAUCAAGACCAACAAGAUAAACUAUCAGAUCACGACAUGGAUCUAUAGAAGCAACGAGGCAUGAAAUCUAACUAAAUUGAGACGACUGAUCGCUGGUGAGCGUCAAUGUUUUGAAAUGUGUUGUGUAAAUUGACCAUACGGAUACAUACUUUAAGUGGAAGAUUGAAGACGAGUUUAAAGAUCAUGGCACACAGCGUGACUCAAGAGUACAUGCAGAUUCCAGCUGUCACUCGAGCAUACACGACCGCCUGCGUCCUGACUACAGCUGCUGUGCAACUGGAGUUCAUCACACCCUUUCAACUUUAUUUUAACCCUGACCUGAUAAUAAGACGAUACCAGGUUUGGCGACUGAUCACAAACUUCUUGUUUUUCGGGCCACUUGGAUUCAGCUUCUUGUUUAACAUGAUUUUUUUAUAUCGAUAUUGCCGGAUGCUGGAGGAAGGCUCGUUUCGCGGGAGAACCGCAGACUUUGUCUACAUGUUCCUAUUCGGUGGCGUUCUCAUGACUCUCUUUGGUCUGUUUGCCAACCUGUUCUUUUUAGGACAGGCUUUUACCAUCAUGCUGGUCUAUGUGUGGAGUAGAAGAAACCCUUACAUUCGUAUGAAUUUCUUUGGCCUGCUCAACUUCCAAGCCCCAUUCCUGCCCUGGGUACUCAUGGGAUUCUCACUGUUGCUUGGCAACUCCAUUGUUAUUGAUCUUUUGGGUAUUGGUGUAGGACAUAUCUACUACUUCCUGGAGGAUGUAUUUCCUAACCAACCAGGAGGCAGAAAACUUCUUGCCACUCCUGGAAUUUUUCGAGCUAUGUUUGACGCACCUCAGGAAGAUCCAAAUUACUCCCCUCUUCCAGAAGAUCAGAGCGGGCCGCCCAGGAAUAGGCAAGACGUAGAGGAAGAAGAUGCAAGUCAAGGUCAAAAUGAAGAAGAUCCUCAACAAGAAGAAAACUAGAAAGAUAAUAAGAGACUGAGACAAGGAGGGGUACAUCUCCUAGUUUAAUUUGAGGGAGAUUAUGUUGGUAUAAAGUUCUUUAAACCAGAAUGUGUAAUAGUUGUUUAAAAUCUGUCCUUGUUAAAAGGAUUGUGUCAUUGGUUGGACUGUGAAUCACGGAGAUGACUGCAUUUGUAACUAAAACGGUAACAUUAGGCCACCUUAGUGCCUUGAUGUAAUGGAUCCCAGUUUUGCAUUCCAUGCACAUCACAAACAAGUAUUCCUUUGUUGUUUUGUUCUGGAGGAACAAUGGAUUUCUGUUUUAGUUCACAUAAUACGGUUUAAACAAUUGUAUAUUUUUAUUUUAUAAUUAAUUAUGAAACAACUGUGGCUGUUUAACGUCACAAACAAGAUGAAGAUAAACUAUUUCAGAUACUGGAUGGUAAUCCAAACAAAUAGUUUAUAAUUUUGGAAGGUAAGAUUGGAUAGUUUAGUAUUUUUUGAGGUGGUUAUUUUAGUGCAUCUCAGUUCAAACAGAAUACUGAUGCAGGAGGAGGCAUUCACAAAUGUGCAAACUCAAAAUGUCAAAUUGAACUGCUGACAAUGCAUUUUUCCAUGGCCUUUGUUAGUGCAGCACCAUGGCAAAAUACAAACCGCUUUGUUUCACAAUGGUUAAGAUGAAUUGUUGCAAUACACUAAAAA